UUAACUUCCCAUUGGGGCUGCCUCCUAGUCGGGGGGAAAACCGAGGGGAUGGGGGGUGUUGAGGGGGUUGGGGAGGCACUAGAGGGGGCAGGUGUACGGGAGGGGGAGGAGGGGGACACAAAGAGUGUGCGGGGGUGGAGUGUAUGGUGUGGAGUUCCGCCUCAGGAGGGAGGAGGUGUUGCAAGAUCUGUUGUUGGUGGAGCACCCUCUGUUGGUGUUGCUGGUGGUGGUAUUGUGCCAGCUGAGCUUGUAAUAAGAGGUGGGCCUGGUCCUCGCACUCCGUGUGUUGCCGGAUUUGUUGCUGGUGCUGUUGGCAGACAUGCGGUUGUGCUUGGUCCAAGGAGUGGGUGUAUGUGUGCUGGUGCAGAAGAUCUUGUUGCCAUUGUUGUUGUUGCUGAUGUUGGCCUUGUGCUGCAUGCUGCACAACUUGCUGCAGCUGGAUUUGGUGCUGUGCCUCCCGCAAUUGCUCCUGUUGUUGCUGCUGCAUUAGCGUUUGUUGUUGGCAUUGUUGUUGUUGCUGUUGUUGGUCUUGUGCCACAUGCUGCACAGCUUGCUGCAGUUGGAUUUGGUAUUGUGCCUCCCGCGCUUGCUCCUGCUGUUGCUGCGUCAGUUGUUGUUGCUGCAUUAACAUUUGCUGUUGGCAUUAUUGUUGUAGCUGUUGUUGGCAUUGUGUCGCAUGCUGCACAGCUUGCUGCACGGUUUGUUGUAGCUGGGUUUGGUGCUGUGCCUCCCAUACUUGCUCCUGUUGUUGUUGCACCAGCUGCUGCUGCGGUUGUUGUUGCUGCAUUAGCUCUUGCUGUUGGCAUUGCUUAUGGUGGUGCACUUGGGCUUGUUGUUGCUGUGCUUGCAGCGAUUGUUGGCAUUGUGCCUCGUACUGCAGCACUUGUUGUAUUUGAAUGUGCUGCUGUGCCUCCCUGGCUUGCUCUUGUUGUUGCUGCUGUGCCAACAGGUGAUGGUCCUGCUGCUGCGAUUGCAUCUGCUGUUGGCUUUGCUGUUGGCCAUGCACCGCAUGGUUCAUCUGGGAUUGUUGCCGCCUUGGUUGCAACUGUUGUUGACACUGUGCUGCUUGCUGCUCAGCUUGCUGCGGGGCAGGGGGACUGGGUCAGGGUCCCGGGGUUGUCGCUCAGUCUUGACCACCUCAUUAUGGGUAGGCAUGUUACUGUCCCCACCAGUGUUGUGCUGUCCUCCUCCCCCUUUGCCCCUGCUGUCGGUCUUGUGCUGAGCAGUGGUAUCUGUGUUUUUGGCCGGGCUGUGCCAUGCCCCACUCUCCAGUCUCUACGUGAUCUGGUCCUGGCUCAGGGGGGAGGGGAGUUGCCGCUUCUGCAGCAGAGCAAUUGUGUUGGCCGCUGUGACCGGGCUGUGUUGUGUCCCUGUGGUGUGUUGUCGUUCUCCGUCUCCUCCCUGUGUGGCCUGUCCCUGGAUCAGGGGGGGGCCCAAAAGGCAAUGAGCGAGAGGGAGAAACAGGACUUUGCUCGAGGGCAGGGGGGAAUGGCAAUGAGCCAAUCAGGGCAGACAGCAUCUCAGUCAGGUACGGCGUCAAGAACAGGUGAAGCCAAGUCACGAUCUUUGGGGCAAAAGGCGAUGGAUUUCCUCCUGGAGAAAACACAAAUCAAGGCAGAGAUUAAGAUCACGAAGGAGGUAAUCAAGGGAGAAGGGGGGAAGGAGGAGGAAGUGGACGUUUGGGAAUACCCAGAAGAGGACAUUCAGUCUUUGAAUGAGUUGUAUGAGAAGCAUGCGGUUCUGUUUAACUUCUCAGGAAGAAGCAAGGAGCUUCCAUUGAAUGAGAAGAGAAGGUGGGUGAGGGAUAGGCUGAUAGCCAUGGAAGAUGUACCAGGGAAGGAACCAGAAGUUUCGUUCCACAGGAGGGGAAGGUUCGCGGUGAUGAUUGUCUGUGUGGAUCCUACCUAUGCCCAGUAUCUGUUGUCGAUUGGUUCAUUGAAAUGCAAGGGAGCUGUAGUCACAAUCCAACCCUGGAAGCCGCCAAGACCACCUCAGGCCGAGGCAUCAAGGCACAGGCAAUCAAUGCUGAGGAACCAUUUCUGGGUACAGUUCGACAACCUAUCGGAAGGGAUGCAUAGCUUUGUGCAAAGGAGACUGGAGGAGGAAUUCCCAAGCAAUCCGAUCAUAGAAUGGCUCCCGGCCAAUCCGGAUUUCCUGGCGCCAAAUCACGAUGCAAGGGUGGCAUGUUUGGAGGUCAAGGGUAGAGGCCACCUAGGUACCUCUUGUCCACAAGGGGGAUCAGGAGGAGCAGGGGGAAAACGGGUGGCAUUGAGACAAUCUAUGCUGCAGGAGUGCAAGAGCAAACCAGGUGUCUGGUAUAUCAAUUCAUCUCAAUACAGGGGAUGGAUAUUUGACGACAACCUGGAUAAUCCAAGGUGGGUUUGGGUGUUGAAAAAGGAACCAACGGUCAAACCAGACAUUUAUCCGCCCUAUGAUAGCAGGUGGAGACACACCGGAGCCAAGAGAACGGAGGACAAGGAAACGGGUUUUAUCGUUAAACCCAUGUUGGACGACGUGGUCAUGCAGGAUGUCGAGCAGAGAUUGAAGCUUAUGGGGGAAUUGCACGAGGUUGGAAAAAAUGCGGAAUUGGCAUUCUUGGAAAAUGCAGAAGCCAGUGCACAGCAGCAGGAGCAGGCAAGAGGCAGGGAAGAGGGGUCAAAGGAAACGGAGGAGGGUAAGGGAGACAACAUGGAUUGUGACGAAGGAGGGAGGGGAGGAACAGAAGGAACAGAGGGAGGAAGUACUUCCACAAAGAGGAAAGUAGAGUCUAGGGAAGAGAAUGGGUUUAGGGAAGAAGAGACAGACAUGGCGGGAGGGAGAGAGGUGGUCUUGACGGAUAAGGAUCACUCAGAGGGGGCUUCACAGCAUGAAGAGGACAGAAGUGGAUCCCAGGGGUCCCAGGGGCAGGAAACACUGGAGGAUGAAGAAAGAGUAAGGGAAAGGGAGAGAAGGAGGGGCAUGCACAAUGCUGAAAACAUGACAGUGGAGCAGAUCUUGGAGGCGGAGGACCAGAGGGAGGGCUCAGGGGACACAGAGAGCGAAGCCUCAUCAAAGGAAGAGGAAGAAGAGGAGGAGGAAGAGCAGGAGGACUCGGAUGUGGAAGACUGGUCAAGAGAGCGGUGGAUAAAGGAGGUAGAGCAGCUGGAAUGGGGGAGGACGAUCGAGGUAAUGGAGGAGGAUCGGGUAAAGGGAGAGAUUGAAGAGGAAGAGGUGCAGGAUUUGAGAAGGCAAGCUGCGAUUUUGGUGGUGCAGGUAAACCUACUCAAGGAUGAAAACAGGGAAUUGGAGGACGACACAGUGGAUGUACAAAAAAUAGCAAAGGGUCAGUGGAAGGAGAUAGAAGCUGCGGCCCGACUGGAAGUUAAGAAUGGGACGAGGAGGAGAGUGGUUUUGCCCUGUCGAUGGAAUGCAAGGCACUCGGACUGGGAAGUGGCAAUCAACCAGUCCUUGCAGCUGCUAACGGCCCCGAUGGAAGAGUGCUCAGGCUCGGAUCUUCAAAGAUUAAUAGGGGGAGAGGUGCCAGCUCGAGCUUUUAUAUUGAGAGAAGGAGGAGAGGAGCCGGUGGCGAUAGGUGGUGGAGACCAUUCCCUAUGGGCUGCUGGGGGGGAACUAGGUGCGGAAUGGGUGGCUAGGUGCACAGCGGUUGCAGUGAAGGUGGAGGCGUUGGUUUGGAAGCCGAACUUCUUCGAGAAGAGGGAAACACAUCUUCAAGAAUCGGAAGAACACCAGAAAACGAAGUACAGGAUUGAGAAGAAACUGCAAGGAGUUAAGGCAGCAUGGUGGGCCCCAGCAGCAAGUAACCAUUCCACGAGAGUGGUUAUACUGCAGAGCAAAAGGACUACGGCGGCAGACAGGAUUCGCAUCACAGAAGCAAGGGUGGACGAGGAGAAGGGUAGAUGGGUCAAGGUCGACUUUGAGCUGCAUGAUGAACCCUACACGCUACUCUCGGCUUACUCUCUGAAUGGCUCUCAACAAAGAGAGGAUCUGGUCGAAAGGCUUAAGGAGAUCCUGGAUGGGACAAGGCAUCUGAUUCUAGUAGGAGACUGGAACGCCACCUUAGAUCCUAGCUUGGACAAAUUAUCGGGAGGGGUUAGAUCAGAGGAGGAAGGGUGGACAGAAGAAUCGCUACCGAUCCAUAGGCUAAUGACGAGUUUAGAACUGAUAGAUCCCUAUAGGUUACAUUACCCAUACGAAAGACAAUUCACCUAUCGCAAAAGGAACCGCAGCCAACACGUGUCGGCGUCCCGGAUAGACUAUUUCUUGACGUCGUCAGGAGUAAUGGGCAUGUUGCAAUCAGUGAGUAUAGGUAGCCUGCCGUACGGUCUGGGUUUGGAUCACAAACCUAUCCAUCUGAGCUUGACACCGGACAAACAAGUCAUCAGAGGUAGAGGGUUCUACAAAAUCAACAACUCCCUCCUGAAAACUCAGGAAAUGGGACAGGCGGUUUUGCAAGUGUGUCAGGAACACAACCCAGACACACAUUCAUUCCCAGAACUGCUAAUGACACUGUCUAAGGCGUCAGCAAUGGUGGCAAGGAGGCUGGCAGCAAAGAGGAGGGAAAGAGAAGAAGAGUUGGCAUGAGCAAUAGAGAUAGCGGAGCGCAAUACGAUUAAUUGGCCAGGAGACGAAUUAUACGAAAGAAUACUGGAGGCGGCAAGAGGAGAGAUGGUGGACUGGCAACGGUGGAGAAUGAAAGGCUUACAAAUGA